GUUUUGAGACAGCAUAACCUGAUGUUUUGUAUUGAAUGUUUUUGCCAUUUUCUGUUCUGGAGUGCUUUAUACAUUUUCUCUUUUAAAACAAUGCGUAUCUUUAAGCUAUUAUUCAUUUGUAAACUCCGGGAGUGUUACAAUUGAACAACAAUUUACCAUUAGCUAGCAUGUAGCUUUUUGUCAUUGUCUGUGUCUAUGGUUCUGACUGAGACUUGUUACAAUCAUUAGCUCACACAUACUGUCACCGUAUUGGAACUGUUUGUUGAAAUGGAUAUUUUAAGAGACGAUGAAGUGCAUGACCUGAAAUACAAACCUGGGGGCCGUUUGGAUAUGAGCCACGGCUUCCUGCACCAUAUCCGGAGGAACCAGAUUGCUAGAGAUGACUAUGAUAAAGAGGUGAAGCAAGCCAAAGAGCUUCAGCGGCGGAGGCACACCACAACCCCUAGACGACCCCGUCGACCUGAUAUCCAAGUGUACCAUCCCCGACGCAGACAUGGAUCAGAGCCAGGGGCCGGUGCUGAGGCAGAAGAGUGGAACGAGAGCGGGUCAAGCACAGAGACGGAGACCCAUGGAACUGAACUCUUCUGGCUCGACUAUCAGGCGGAUUCGGGUACCAUUACCUCCUUCCUUGUGCACAAGGAGGAUAAGCCUGAGAAGGUGGUGGAACGUGUUGCAGAGAAGAACAUCCUGGAUUCAUCCAUGAGGGCAGCUCUAGAGGCUCGAAUUCGAAAGGAAAUGGACAAAAGACGAGACAAAAGCUGAGUGAUAUUCUCGAACAGUAGAUUAUGAUGACAAAGGGGCUACAGGCAAAGAGAAGCAAUUCUUCAUUUGCAGUUCUGUGCUCCUCCAAAGCAUUAACGCUGUUGACAGUGUUGGUGGCAUAAUGAGGACUCUGGGAUCAUGUACAGUGACUGUCAGCAGAGAUCCAACUUGAUGAUCCACAAUCAAGCCAUCUUCUGUUUUCCAAGGAGAAGAAACAGCACUCAUCAUAGAAAGUAUGGUUGGGAGUUGACUGUCAGGUUCAUGUUCACUACAUUUUGCUCACCUUGGACUGUUACCUCAUACCCAGAUUCAUAACUUUAGGGACACUUUGUUCACCAGUUGACUGGACCUAUAAAAUUAUGUUGUGGCUUUCUAACAGUUCAAUUCAGAAAGGAGUAGGUACUCUUUGGCAUGGAGCACAGUUCUUCCGUUGAACAUGUCCUGUGUUUACAAAGAUCUAGUUUUUAUAAACAAGAUUUAUACUUUUUCAGUAAAAUGCUGUGAACAUCAGUCUAUCAGCGAUCUUAUGUUAAGAAAUGUGAGAAUUUAGUUUUGUGACUUUUUGAGAUGGAGAGUUUAAUGGAUAUAGCCACGAUAAUGUGUUUGUGUGGCAACUGUGUUGCAUUGUUUUCAGUAUUAUAAUUUAUUUUUGGGUUGUUGAAAUACUCUUAUUUUUGAUACUGUAAUAUUUUUUGAGGACACAACUCUUUACAUAUAAAAUGACAUAUACAUAAAAGCCAUUUAUUACUGUC